GGAUAUUUCUCUCUUCUUUCUAGCCCGUCGGCGUGUUUGCAGCCCCGUUUCUCGCCUGGACGAUGGCCGGUUUCCGCGCUUUGGGUUUGGACCCCUGGCUGGCGUCUCAGGCGGAGCAGCUGGGCUUGUCGAGGCCCACCCCGGUGCAGGAAGCCUGCAUCCCUCCCGCCCUGCAAGAGUUCCUCAGCCACCGCAGCGCAUUGUGUGAGUUGAAGGCCACAAGCCAUAAAGUUGCCAAGAAACAACGUUUUGCAGCGCUGGCAAAAUUCAAAUCGAGUGUCUUUAAGAUCUUAAUAGCUACCGAUGUAGCUGCCAGGGGGCUCGACAUUCCCACCGUCCAAGUCGUCAUCAAUCACAACACACCUGGACUCCCCAAAAUCUACAUCCACAGGGUGGGCCGAACAGCCCGAGCUGGUCGGCAUGGAAUUGCCAUCACGCUGGUGACCCAAUAUGACAUCCAUCUCAUCCAUGCGGUUGAAGAACAGAUCAAAAUGAAGCUUCAGGAGUUUUCCACGGAGGAGCAAAAGGUGCUGAAAAUCCUCACCCAAGUGAACGUGGUCCGACGGGAAUGUGAGAUCAGACUGGAGGCAACCGAUUUUGACGAGAAGAAGGAAAUAAAUAAGCGGAAGCAGAUGAUCCUGGAAGGAAAGGACCCUGAUCUGGAGAUGCAACGGAAAGCCGAGCUGGCCAAGAUUAAGAAGAAGAAGCUCAAGUUCCAGAGCCAAGUCCACCAGACCCUGCAGGAGAGACAGCAGAAGCAGCUUCAGCAGAAGCUGAGAAAACAGGCGCGGCGGAAGAAGCAGAAGCAGGCGAAGUGAGGCAGCUCGUCCUCCCGCCUUGGAGGCAAAGGACUCAUCUGCGACUGAGCUACCUCCGCCCCCCAAUUUGCCUUGCGCCAAAGGGAGGAUGCUCCUUGUAACUUUAGCCUUUCUGUGAAUGGAUGUGAAGCAUGGGGAGAAAAGGCUUGGGAAAAGGAUGUUAACAAAGAUCGUCUCUUUGAGACAUCUCCUUUUUCCAAAACCGAGACUUUCAGUUGGGUUGGGCCCCUGGGGACAGCCCCCCCCUUUCCAAAUGAGGGCUGCAUCACAAGAUCCUGACUCCCAGCCAACAUUUUCAAGUCUCACCAGGCAGCCGUGCCACCGAGCAAAGGUUGGUGAUUUGUGGGUGGUGUUCUGACCCAGGCUUCCUUAAAAAGCAAGGAGCAGAAUCUUGGUCCAGACAAAACAUCUAUUAGAUACACGACUGUGAAUUCCUUUCAUUCACAAUCAGCAAAGCUUGGCUUUGAGAGGAAUAUCUAUCAGCACGAACCUUAUCUCUGCCAGAUAACUAGUUUCCAAAUGCAGGGCAAGGCAACACUUGGCAAAGAGUCUCUUAUAGACAAACAGUACUUUCCACUCUUCAAAUGACCAAAUUGUUUCCUGCAAAAGCCCCCUCCCCAUUGGUUCCUCUUUUGUGUCCUAUGGGAGGGGCCAAUCACCUCCAAGGUGUGGUUUUACUCCUGUCGACCCUGCUUUCUUAGUUGGUCUUGUCUUUUGGCGGCUCUGCACAUGGAUGCACUGGGAACAGGCUCCAGCUGUUCCUCUGCCUCACUGCUGUCUAGCUCCAUCUCUGCCUCCGACGCAGAGCCCU